AUGGCUCAUGUAGAUCCUCAGUGCUUCCGUGAAGCUGACGAGGAGACACUGGAGCAUCUCGUUUUCGAAUGUCGAGUUGCCAGGAUUGUGACAGCAUGGGUCUUUUUUAACCUGCUGCAGGUUGAUCCUGCAGCAAGCAAGUUUACUGUAGACGAGCUACUCUUUGGUUUCACAACGGAACGUCGACGUAAGAUUCGAUUGGUCAUUUUAUGGAUGCUUCAUACGAUGAAGCACAUCAUUUGGGUAGCUCGUUGUGAUUAUCGGUUUCGAGGCAAGAUGCCCGUUGAGUCGGAAUGUCUCAACAAAUUGAUCGUCCGAAUGAAGUUUGUCCUUUGUCUUCUUGGUCGGAAAUGCAAGUCACCAGCUCAAGUUCGAUCUUUUGAGAAGGAGUGGCUUGCAAGUGGUCGUUUGGGUCAUUUCCAGGGCGAGAAGCUGGUCUUCUCUUUUUAA